UAAAUUGUAGCCAAGAUGAUGCUCAGGAUUAAGAGGAUUCCCACUGUUGUUUCGAAUUACCAAAAGGAUGAGGCAAAGGAUGCUGCUCGUCGUAGCGUCGGAUGUGGAAAGAAUUGCCUUAGAAGCUGUUGCAUUCCAGGAGCAAAGGUUCCUUUAUAUGCUUUUAAGAAGGUGAACAACAUGGAGCUUGAAGAAAACGUCCUUAAAACUGAGAACAAAGAGCCUCCAGUUUCUUUUCUCGACAUACUCGUUCUUGGAGAGUGGGAGGAUCGGAUGCAAAGAGGGCUCUUUCGCUAUCAUGUCACGGCAUGCGAAACCAAGGUGAUUCCUGAUGAAUAUGGCUUUUUUGCCCAACUGAACGAGGGUCGUCACCUUAAGAAGAGGCCAACUGAGUUCCGUGUUGAUAAGGUGCUUCAGCCCUUUGAUGGCAACAAAUUCAACUUCACCAAAGUUGGGCAAGAAGAGGUGCUUUUCCAGUUUAAAGCAAGUUAUGAUGGUGAAGCUCAGUACUUUCCAAAUUCUCCUAUUGAUGUCGAGAAUUCUCCAAGUGUCGUUGCCAUUAAUGUUAGUCCCAUUGAAUAUGGACAUGUGUUGUUGAUCCCUCAGAUUUUUGAAUGCUUACCCCAGAGGAUUAAUCGGGAGAGCUUCUUGCUUGCACUUUACAUGGCAGCUGAAGCCGGGAAUCCAUACUUCAGAUUGGGUUACAACAGCUUGGGUGCAUUUGCUACCAUCAAUCACCUUCACUUCCAGGCUUACUAUUUAGCUGUGUCCUUCCCCAUCGAGAAAGCUCCAACCAAGAAGUUAACUACUUUUAUCGGUGGAGUUGUUGUCUCGGAGCUCUUAGAGUAUCCAGUGAGAGGUCUUGUUUUCGUGGGUGGUAACACUGUCGAGAACUUGUCCGACACUGUAUCUGAUGCCUGCAUUUGCCUCCAAGAAAACAACAUACCAUACAAUGUCCUCAUCUGUGAUUGUGGAAAGCGGAUCUUUCUCCUUCCACAGUGUUAUGCUGAGAAACAAGCUCUGGGUGAAGUGAGUCCAGAGCUUUUGGACACCCAGGUGAACCCUGCUGUGUGGGAAAUAAGCGGUCAUAUGGUGUUAAAAAGGUGGAAGGACUAUGAUGACGCAUCUGAAGAAAAUGCUUGGAGGCUCCUUGCCGAGGUUUCUCUCUCAGACGAGAGGUUUCUUGAAGUCACUGAACUUAUUUUUGAAGCUGUUGCAGGCAGUGAAGGUGUUAUUUUUGAAGCUGUUGCAGGCAGUGAAGGUGUUAUUGAAAAUGGCAUCGAGACAUUGCUUGAGAAGCCUUCACUUGAAGAAGACGAUGCCAUCACUGAAAGCUUCCACCACAGUAUGGUAGCUGGCACACAAGAAUUCCUUGUUCUGCAGUAACAAGCAGAUCUUUAACUAGAGCCGUGGCCCAUCGUGUGGGUUCGGUAUCUGCU